CAAUAUGAAAACAAAGACAUUCAAAAUUUCUGUAGAGAAAAAAAGGGUUCUACAGUUGAAGAGUCAAUCCAGAAGUAUGCAUCUCCUUUGCAUGAAGCUCUAAGGGCCAGAAAUGAGGAUGCAAUACGUCUUUUGAUAGGGAAAAAAGCAGUAUUUUCAUUCACAAGUUGGAGAGGAUGGCAAUUUCUGCAUGCUUGCUAUGAAGAGCCACAGAUUUGUUGUUUGGAAAUUCUUGAGGCAGUUCUUGCAUUUGAUGCAAUUAAACCUAGUUCAGAUACAAAUGCUACGAAAGGUGCUUUGAAUUAUAAUCAGAUAUUAGCAACCGGAGAAAGGACAUUCUACGAAGACAUAGUGGCAAACAUCGAUAAUUCCAUAAUUGAGCAAGGCUCUCACGAAAGAAUUUUACUAGACUUAGUUAAAAUUCCCACCCUUGAAAUAACAAAUGGAUUGAUAGAUGCAUACUCUUCACUUUCUGAUAUCAGAAAGUAUUCUGAUAUGAAACGCCAGAAUCCAUUAAAUAUAACUGAUGAAAAUGGGGAUUCUAUCCUUCAUCUACUCAUAAAAUUCAAAGUCUAUUAUUCAAAAACUGUUGGAGGACACUUUGACAGUAAUGGCAGUCCUCAUACAGAAGAAGUGGAGGAAGAGAAGGAAGAGGCGUUAGCAUUGUACCCAGAAGAAGUAACAACUGAGGGUCAGCAUGAUGAUGCAUAUGAACAAAUUGAAAAUCAAAGUAUCCUCUUGCAGAUGAUAGGCAGAUUAUAUGUCAAAGGUAUUGACAUUAAUAUGAAAAAUAAAAAGGGAGAGACUCCACUUAUGAUUGAGGUCAGCAAAUUUAACCCAUCCAUUGAUGUUGUUAAAAGUCUUUUACACUACAGAGGGAAUCCAAAUGCACAAGACAUUAUCGGGAGAACCUGUUUACACACACUCCUUCUCCAAAACUAUGAAGAAAACGUGGCAAUUGAACGCUUUCUUGAUCUUUUAAUACAACAUGGUGCAGAUGUCAAUAAAGCUGACAAUUAUGGUAAUAAUCCUAUUUUUGUAGAAUUAAAAAGGCAAAAACCGAGAACGAAUAUUCUAAGAUUCCUCACACAAGCACCGAUAGAUUUAAGAAUAGAAGAUAUGCAUGGAAAAACCGCACUUCACGUCGCUCUAUUAUCCACCUAUGAUGAAGGAAUUUCGAAGGAGGAGAUUACAAGUGUUCUCUUGAAAUCGAAAAAUUUGAAUGUGCUUACCUAUGACAAUACCGGUUUGUCUGCUUUCAGGAUUGCAAUGGAAAAUGCAGGUUCUCAUGAUAUAUUGAAACAACUUGCUCAACAUGAUUCAUGUCAAUUUCCCCUUCAUGCAUGUAUAAAAGAAGAUGUUAGCGAAAAUAUCAAGAUUGAGGCUCUGAAACAGUUGAUGUCGACUAACAAUGCAAAAAUAAGAAAUUCAACCAAGGGUCUAGAUGACCAGACACUGCUAAUAACAGCUGUACAGACGUGUCCAAACAUGGUCCAGCUCCUCAACUUCUUACUGACCGCAAACAUUGACAUAAAUGCAAAGGACACUUAUGGAAAAAAUGCCCUGUUUUAUUUAAUUUCAUCUGACACUGAAUUUAGCCUUCGUGAGUCUGCUCUCAAUUUACUUCUUGCAAAAGGACCCUCUGUUCAUGACAAAAAAGAAUCAAAGGACUCACACUCACCACUCUCACUAGCAAUGCAAUUUAUAACAAGUAGAUCAUUCCUUUUUGAAUCUUUAGAUCCUUUAGAGUUUCCAUCUGAAGCAAUAACGAAGAAAAUGACUACAGAGGAAUCCCCGAAAAAACAAAAGACAAGAAAAGAUGUACAGUCUGAGAAUAUCUUCGAUCUGAAAAUUGAAAUUGUUCAGAAAAUUCUUGAAAUAGCAACUGUUGACCUUAACUUCCCAGUUGAUAAAAAACAACGGACAUUUCUUCAUUACUGUGCAAGCUCUCGUCUUGCAGAUGACAAAACACGUGCGGUUUGCGAACAGCUUGUUAGACUUGGUGUAGAUGUUGAUAAGAGAGAUGAAGAUGGACUGACUUGCAUCGAUAUGGCAUUUAGAUACUCAGUAAAAAAUUUUCAGACACUUAUAUUCUUACUGGAAAAAAGUAAACAUUUGGAAGAUUUAGAUAUUGAUGCUUUAUUGGAAACUACCACAUCUAAAAACUUUCUCUAUGAGGAGUUGGUUAGAUAUUUGCAGCAGUGCAUUUUUCAUCGGACAAAACCAAGACGUAACAUUUUUCAAUAUUUGGCUUCCAUCUGCUAUGAUCCCAAAAGUCAACCGAAAGCUGAACGUGAUAAAGUAUUUGAUGCUCUUCUAAAAUCCUUUUCAAUAGAUCAAAAAAGCAAGACUGGACAAAUUCCUUUGCACAUUGCUAUUGAAAGAAAUGCAAGUGUUUCCUGUGUGCGAAGUUUUGUACGAAUAAGCAAAGGAUGUAUAAAUACACCUGAUUCUGAAGGAAACACAGCAUUGCAUUUGGUCUUGAAAUCUGAUAGAGAUGACACUGACGUGUGCACUAUUGUAAAGAAGAUGCUCAAAUGUGAUGUUGCUGUUGAUGCCCAAAAUGAAAUGCUAGAAACGCCAAUAAUGUUUGCUGUUUGUUGCCCUAAAGAUCGCACAGAUACGAUAGUUCAACUUUUAAAAGCAAAGACAGACCUGUUUCUAACAGACAGAAGAAAGUACAAUAUCCUUCAUCAUUGUGUUGGAGCACCAAAGAAUGAUAUUGACGUGAACGCUUUACUUUCUUUGUUUAUUGAUAGUGAUCGAACAGUCCCAGUUAUGGAAAAGAACACAGAGGGUUACACGCCAUUAAAUCUUGCCGCAAAAACUGAAAAAUUUAGUAGGAUAUUAUGCAUAUUGAAACUAUUAGAAGUGAAAGAGUGCACAGCGCACACAGUGGAUCGACAGGGAAGAACACCACUGUUUAACACAGCAUUCUUUUUAGAGGGAGAUAGUCCAUUAGUAGUACUUGAAAGACUCUUGCGUGGCUGUAUAUUUCUUAUGCAUGGAGACUCUCCGUCAGUAACGAACAACAAAGGAAUGACUGUAUUUGAUAUUUGUAAUGAAUAUGAACACAGACAUCUGGAAAACCUCUUGGAAUCUGAGAAAUCAGAAAAAAUGUUCACAAUAGUCAAACAAGCAUGGAUUAACGUGUCUUCUAGAUAUCUUAUAUUCGAUAAAAAUGAUAACGAUCCUAAACUGCAGUUUAGAAGUAACGUUGAAGAAAGGUUCAGAAAGCUUAUUUCUGAUUCACUGCCAUUUUUGUCACACAUAAGCUUUGAUAAUAUCAAGAAUGUAGAAUUGACAGAAGAGGAGAAUAACCUCUCGAGUGUUCCUGAUCUAGAACAAGGGACGACUUUGAAGUAAAAUGUAAUGUUAUUUGAUUCUUUUUGAAGUACCUAGAUUGGGUGCUGGUUUGAAUUUUAAGCUGUCGUGUGAAGUAUUGAAUUGAACCUUUAUCUUGUAAUAUGGAGAAAUGUCACCGAUGGAUAAAGUGGAGGGAGGGGGGUUUACACCCAAAAAUUGGGUUACAUAUAUUAAACUACAAAGGAAAAACUUAUUAUUAUAUGCAUUUUGAAACACCUAUUAGAUAAUUUUAUUAAAUACAAGAUUUGGCCCUUUUGCAAAAAAAAUGCAUUGAUUUUACUUUUUCAAGCAAGCAAUUAGUUUUAUCGAUAGAUUUCUUUAUCAUGUGAUAUUUUUCUACUAAAUUUGUCAAUUAAUUAGCCUAAAGUAUCCCUUAAUACCCUCCACAAACUCCGAGUAAAGUGUAAAAGUAUGGGUUUACAGAUAAAAAAAAUUCUUUCGUCGUACAUUGUACAUUUGUUGCUUUGUUGCUGUUCAUUUAUAAGAUUGAACAAUUGUUGACUCAGUUGUCAUAUAAGGUACCAUAUCUGACAUAUUGACGAAUAAUAUAUAUUUUGAAUUCAACACUUUUAUGAAAUAUAAUGAAUUGAAUUUUAAUGUAUUCUUAUAAACAUGUUAAAUCAAUUUUGUUAUGGAUCUAGGCAAGAAAAUGCAUGCGAUUGAAAUUUUAAGUGGAUAGACCUGUCUAAUUCUGUAUUUGCACUUGUACAUUUGUUGAACACAUAUUUUAUCGUAUUAUGAUAAUAUUCUUGAUUUAAAACAGAAACGAUUUUUCACUUUACUUCCAUUGGAAAAAUUCUAGUAAGGUUGGCUUCAAAUAAGGUAUAAUGAGAACACAAAUAUCUGAUUAUUUUAUUUUAAUUUUGUAUAUGUAUAUUUUUAUGCAAUUGAUGGCAGCUAUCAAGUUUUAUUUUAUAGUGCGAAUAAUGAUUUUAUGUUCAAGUAUUUAGAAAUAUCUUUUUAAAUGGUUUUUAAUUUUGAUAUUUUCAUUUAAUUGCGAAUACAUUAAAAAAAACUAUGAAUUGUAAAAUAUAUGUGUUCAUGUUCAGGGCAAGUGUGUGCACCCAGUAAAACUUAUUGCAAUUUAUUUUGCAUUGUUUUUUUUAUUAUCUCAACUGAUUUCUUCUGAUCAGCGGUGUCCGUAUUUCGUCCGUCUAGC